AUGGCACCUACGAAAACAUCCGAAUCCAAGAUAGUUCCAGAAUUCCUUCACCACACGUGCUUGACUGUAGAUGAGCACGACAUUGAGGCCACAAAGGAUAUUCCUCGACUCUACGUUAUCGCUACCCAUGCAACAACAAAAGCGGCCAAGGAAUUCGCCCAUCAUGCCUUGACGUCCAUGGGUUACGACAAGGCAGACUUUGCAGUCUAUCAGGAGCAGACACCUGAUGCAGAAGGCUGGACGCAUGGUGACGGUGUUAUUGUCUAUGCCAAAGCGCCUGCCAGUCAAGAGUUCUUUGUUAGCAUCGAUACCACGCUGAAUACGGAAAACUUAUGCGCACAGGAAGAUGGGUCCAUGAUCCUCCCGCAUGGCGCCGAUCACCUCCAAUACAUCCUUCAGACUAAGAUCGACUAUCGGGCUGAUCGUGCUGUCACCACUCAGGUCCAAGGAGCUUAUUUGAAACGCAACGAUGCUAUCGAGGCAGCGAAGUGGUGUCUACUAGUUGACGGCCCGGACGACGCUGAAGCUCUUUACGACCAGUUCGAUGCCCGAGAAGACCUGAGUGUACCAGAGGAUUGGCCUUUCGGGGAGGAUGUUGUCGUUCACGCUGUGGCAUACACCGGCGAGAACUUCUUAGUUUCACUGAGAACGCCACCAGCUGCUUACCUGAAGCUCAGCAAGCAUGGUAGGGAGAAAUGGCACAGUGCGAAGCAAAAGGCAAAUGAAGUAUCGAAAUAA